AAAAUGAUUAAUUUUAUUUAUGAAGUAGUUUAUUUAAUAUCUUAAUAAAAAGUUGUUUGUUUGAUAUCUUAAAACACGUUUUUCAAGAACAAUUGUUCUCAAGAAGUUGAAGAAACUAUGAAACGAAUUCAAUCACAUAAAGGUGUUGUAGGAACCAUAAUUGUUAAUACAGAAGGCAUUCCAAUUAAAUCAACUAUGGAUAAUACAACUACAGUACAAUACUCUGGAUUAAUUAGUCAAUUAUCUGAUAAAGCACGAUCUGUUAUAAGAGAUUUAGAUCCAACAAAUGACUUAACUUUUCUCCGUAUUCGAAGCAAAAAACAUGAAAUAAUGGUAGCACCAGAUAAAGAGUUUAUUUUAAUUGUUGUGCAAAAUCCUAUUGAUUAAAGUGUUCAAUAAAUAUUUAACAAUGUGACAUUGAGCAAAAUUAAACAU